CAGUGUGCACCAUGCUGCACUGGCUUCUGCUGCUCGCCCUGCUGCUGGGGGCUGCCCUCCCACAGCCUGUGCACCAGAGGGUCAGCUACUCAGUCCCUGAGGACUUCUCUGCUCCCUUGGAGCUUCCGCAGAAGCACUUUGGCUUGGUGGAUGAUUAUGGCAUCAAACCCAAGCAGCCACGCUUCCCCACCCGGGCGGCCCGGGAGCGGCCGGCGGUGCUGCGCAGAGCUGGCAAAAGCAAGCGCGAUGGUCUCGACUUGCUGGAGUACUACGAUGAUGCCCAGCUGUGAGCCAGUGUGUCCCUGUGCCCACCACAGCCCCACAGCUGCUGUGUCAUCAUACUGCAAGAGAUUGACUCUGCCACUGCAAUUAAAAGUCACCCCAGAUGGAUGUGAUGGGAAGCUGUGCCAUGGUCACAAGGAGGAGAUGCUGUCACCCCAGCCUGCAGCUGGAAAGGGCAGGAGCACGCUACUGCCCCUCCCACCGCUCACAAGCAGGGCACCCAGCAGGUGCUUCUCCAAUAGAAUAAACUAAGAGUAUUUUGUACAAUAAA